ACACGUGGCUGGCGUGUAAUUUUACUGUCUCGGUCGCGAAACGCGCGCAACGUUGUCAUCGAACACUGCUGAGUGCUGCGCUGUGAUCGCCUCCAGACUACUACUAUGUACUAUAUACUCCUAUAUGCUGAAUGCUGAUUUCCACCGCUCCGCGUCCGCGAAAGUAUAUAGCGUAUAUACUGUACAGCGCCUCAGUAUUACAACCAUACGGCAGCAGCAGCAGCAGGUUAAAAACAAUAUGUGAGAGAGAUUUUUAUCGACUCCGCACGCACGCACCAGCUGGCUGUUACGAAUCGAGGAAUAAACAACGUGAAAUAAGAGAAAAUUCGCGCGAGGUGUGCAGUUGUGUGCAGCGCGGAACUGUGCGAGUGCGAGACGGACGUGUGUACUUAAUUAUCGUUGUUAUUAUUGUCGUAGGGACGUCAGACGUCCUGCGUUCAGUACAUAUAGUAUAGUAGCAGAGUAAACAUUGAAGCGCCAUGAAGUGCCAACGAGCCGCGAUAAGCCUUCUGCUGGCUACGCUGGUCUGCCUCGACGCGGCCAGCGCGUACUUCAUCACCGUCGACUCCUACACCGAGGAGUGCUUCUUCGAGAAGGUCGAGGCCGACACCUCGCUGGUGCUGUCGUUCGAGAUCGCCGACGGCGGCUUCCAGGACAUCAGGGUGCGCAUCAACGACGCCGACGGCCGACUGAUCGCCAACGAGGAGCACCGCAUCGGCGCCUACUUCACCUUCAAGUCGCGCGCCGCCGGCCCCAUACAGUACUGCUUCGACAACACGGCGGGCUCGGCCUCGCCCAAGCUCAUCGUCUUCAACAUCGAGGUCCAGGAGCCCGGCAAGGAGGGCCAUCACGCCGGCAAGGACGGCAAGACCGACGACGACGUGUCCAACGACAAGCUCACCGACAUGAUCACCGAGCUCGGCUCGACCAUACGCUCGGUCAAGCAGAAUCAGGAGUACAUGGAGAUAAGAGACAGAGUCCACAGGGAAAUCAGUGAGCAUACGAAUUCCAGCGUUGUCUGGUGGUCUGUGUUUGAAUUCGCUGUGAUGGUAGUCUUAAGCGCAGCACAAAUCUUCUACUUGAAGAGAUUCUUCGAAGUCAAGGCUUUCGUCUGAGCCCAAUUGUGUUACUGUACAAACUUAACGAAUAAUAUUGAGACAGAAAAGAAGGACGUUAUAAGCGUAAGAGAUUGUGAGUUCUGUUAAGACAAAAAAUUAUAUAAUUUUUUAACGAGAAAUUGUUAUGUACAUUGAUGAUUGGCUACGCAAGCUGUCAAGCGUCACAACUUUUCACCGCAACAGAAUGCUGGUAAAGUUUUUGCAGUUGUAAUAUAUUUGUAGAAUUUAAUGCAUUCUCUUUUGAUAAAUAAAUCA